AUGGCUCAUUUAUAUGAAGAAGUUAAUAAGAAAAGAAAAUAUUAUGAUAGAUCUUUGUGUAAUGAUUAUGAUGAUUGGUUAAAAAAAAUACAAUUUUCAAAAACAGUUUACAUUGGAAAUUUAUCCAUAUAUACAACUGAACAACAGAUUUAUGAGCAUAUGAGUAAGUCUGGUGAUAUUGAAGAUAUAAUUAUGGGAUUACAUAGAAAAGAAAAGUCUCCUUGUGGUUUUUGUUUUGUAAUUUAUAAAAAAAGAGAAGGAUAUAUAAGAGCUGUUAAUUUUCUUAAUAAUUCAAUAUUAGAUGGAAGGAUAAUAAGAGUUGAUGAAGAUUUAGGAAUUAUAGGAAGGAGAAAAUAUGGGAGAGGGAAAACUGGAGUUCAAAAAAGAGAUGAAAGAAAUAAGUUUUAUGAUGAAGAUAGACCAGCAGUUUUAGACAAUUUAGCAAGUUAUAAUACAACAAAAAAAAGAAAAUUUAAUAAUUUUAAUACAUAUUAUGAUAGAAAUGUUAAACAAAGGAGAUCAACUAAUUACACAUUAUAUCCAAAUGAUCAAAAAAAUAAUAAAUUUGUAAAUUUAAAACCAGCAGUAACUUUAUAUCCAAAUGUACAACAUUUAAUGAGUUAUAGAAAUAAAAAUGAUAAAUUAUCUAAUUUUCAAUUUAAGAAAGAUAGUAAAAGAAAUAUAUAA